AGAGUAAAAUUAAAACACAGUGAAGUAUUUAGAAUAUUGGAAUUAGCAAUGAAAAAUGAUUCUCGAUGGGACUUCCAUCCCAAAAAAUUGUUAUACUACGAUAUAAUGAUGGGGCAGCAAAAAUUUGAUGAACGAAAUCUCUUGUCUUGUGCACAAUAUAGAAAAAUACCAGAAGUAAAAGAUUGUCGCGUCGUUAAUGUUAUAGACUAUUUUAAAUUUGCACAACUUCAAUAUAAGUGUCCCGAUGAUUCUUAUUUGACACUUUUUGACGUGUUUCGUUACAUGAAAUACAAUUUUAAUACAAAACAAUUACAAGGAUAUCAACAGCUAGUGCUGGCUUCAACUAUUCGGCCUAUUUUAUUAGUUGUCCGUAUGUAUAUAUCAUUUUUAAAAACAUUUGAUGAUUUUUACAAAUCUUCAUGGUAUAAUAAAAAUAAAAAUAAUCUAGAUCAAAUCCGUAUUAGCCUCACAGAAAUUGGUACAGCAAUAAUUAAACAAAUUGAAUAUUUCAAUAAACAAUUUAUAAUUCAAAAACUACCGAAAACUUAUUUAAAUAAUAUUUGUAAUGAUAUUCGUAAUAUUGUUGGUAAAGAUAUAUCUCAGUCUUAUCAUACAUUAGACUACAUAAUGUUAUCUACCAAUACCUUUUUUUCUAAUAAUAAAUUAAAUAGUUAUUGUGGUAUAAUAAUGGAUUAUAAAAUUACUCAUUUUAAUAAUAUUGUUCAACUCUAUAACAUAUUUUCCCAACGUGUUAAUGAAAUGUCAACAUACUUAAUCGAACUGGACAAAUACAAAGAAUCUCUUCAUGCAGUGAAUAAAACACGAAACAUAUCUUCCUUUUAUUUUUUAAAGAGCAGUUAUGAAAUUUUCAAACCCUAUUUAACUAUGUUAAAUCGGUUAUGCAGCCCGAAUAUAUACAAUGAAAUAUAUAACAUGGAGACUACUGAAUCUAUUAAUGAUGAAACAUCUAGAAUUAAUACGGUAAAUCAAGAUACUGUCGAUAACGAAAAACAAACAGAUAUCCAAAAUAAUGAAGACUUAUCAGAACUUAAUAUUUCAAUGCCAAAAUAUAUGAUCGAUUACAUUCUAUUUAUAUAAUAUUCAUAAUAUUAUGUAAGUGGUUGUAAUUUUGUUGAUAUUAUUUUAUUAAUCAAUUAUACAUAUAUAUAUAUAUGUGUGUGUGUGUUAUUAUA